ACUCCGCACCGGCGCUCUGCGUUUGGGGCGGCGGAGAGCGAGGGCGGGCGAGCGGGAGCCGCCGAAGGGAGGAGAGGCGGCGGCGGCUCCUCCGCAGCCAGCAGCGGCUCGGCUCCGCGCCCCGCGCUCCCUGCGCGGCCCCUCCCGCUCCAUGCAGCCCAGCCCGCCGCGGCGCGGCCCCCGCAGGGCGAAGGCGGGCGCCGGGCGGGGAGCGGCGCGGCGGUGCUGAAGGACAGCUCCGCUCCGCUCCGCGCCCCUCCGCUCCGCUCCGCGCCCCUCCGCUCCGCUCCGCGCCCCGGGCGCGCCGGGUGGCCGCGAGGCCGCCGCGCCUUGAUGUGCCCCCCGCCACCGCGCCGGCGGCUCCCAUGGCGGUGGCACGGAAAAUCAAAACUUUGUUGACGGUGAACAUCUUGGUCUUCGUGGGCAUCAUCCUCUUCUCCGUCUACUGCAGGAUCCAGGACCGCUCCCAGGAGCUGGUGCAGAUCGUCCGGAGCGCGGACCGCCGGGCCAGGAGCCGCGGCGCCAAGGUGGGCAGCCUGGCUGACAGGGAGUCCAUCCUGCAGCGCCUGGACCACCUGGAGGAAGUGGUCUACAACCAGCUAAAUGGUCUUGCAAAGCCCAUGGGAUUAGUUGAAGGUCCAGGAGGCCUGGGCCAGGGGGGAAUGGCUGCUACCCUGAGAGAUGACAGCCAUGAAUCAGAGACUAAGUAUGAAGAAUAUGGUUACAAUGCCCAGCUCAGUGACAGGAUAUCAUUGGACAGGUCCAUCCCUGACUACAGACCAAAAAAGUGCAAACAGAUGACCUACCCAGAUGACCUGCCCCAGAUCUCUGUGGUCUUUAUAUUUGUAAACGAGGCGCUCUCUGUCAUCCUGCGCUCUGUGCACAGCGUUGUGAAUCACACCCCAUCGCACUUGCUCAAGGAGAUCAUUCUGGUGGACGACAACAGUGACAAUGUUGAGCUAAAAUUUAAUCUGGACCAGUAUGUCAAUAAACGAUACCCAGGUCUGGUGAAAAUAGUGCGCAAUAACAAACGAGAAGGACUGAUUCGAGCCAGAAUCCAAGGCUGGAAGGCAGCAACCUCUCCUGUCGUCGGAUUCUUUGACGCUCACGUUGAAUUCAACAUUGGCUGGGUGGAACCUGCACUUACCCGGAUCAAAGAAGAUCGAAAGCGGAUCAUCUUACCAGCAAUUGACAAUAUCAAGUACAACACUUUUGAAGUGCAGCAAUACGCCAAUGCAGCCCACGGCUAUAACUGGGGCCUCUGGUGCAUGUACAUAAUCCCACCGCAGGACUGGCUCGAUAAAGGGGAUGAGUCAGCUCCCAUCAGGACACCAGCCAUGAUUGGAUGCUCAUUUGUAGUGGACCGAGAGUAUUUUGGUGAGAUUGGCUUGCUUGACCCUGGCAUGGAGGUCUAUGGAGGAGAAAACAUUGAAUUAGGCAUGAGGGUCUGGCAGUGCGGAGGAAGCAUGGAGGUCUUGCCCUGUUCUCGCGUGGCACAUAUUGAACGCACAAAGAAACCCUACAACAACGACAUUGAUUACUAUGCAAAGCGCAACGCCCUGCGGGCCGCUGAGGUCUGGAUGGAUGACUUCAAGUCUCAUGUUUACAUGGCGUGGAACAUCCCCAUGGCAAACCCUGGAGUUGACUUUGGAGACGUUUCUGAAAGAAUAGCUCUACGACAGCGACUGCAGUGCCGGAGUUUCAAGUGGUACUUGGAGAACGUCUAUCCUGAAAUGAGGGUUUAUAAUAAUACAGUCACUUAUGGAGAGGUGCGUAACAGCAAAGCUAGUGGCUACUGCUUAGAUCAGGGAGCUGAAGAGGAUGACAAAGCAAUCCUUUAUCCAUGCCAUGGAAUGUCCUCUCAGCUUGUCCGCUACAGCUCUGAAGGUGUCCUGCAGCUGGGGCCGCUGGGCUCCACCGCCUUUCUGCCCGACUCCAAAUGCCUGGUGGAUGACGGGAAGGGCAGGACGCCGACUCUGAAGAAGUGCGAAGAUGUCCUGAGGCCAGCACAGAGGUUCUGGGAUUUCACGCAGAAUGGUCCAAUCAUCAGCAGAGACACUGGCCGUUGUUUAGAAGUGGAAAUGUCAAAGGAUGCAAAUUUUGGGCUCAGAUUAGUUGUUCAAAGGUGCUCGGGGCAGAAAUGGAUGAUUAGAAACUGGAUAAAACAUGGUCGACAUUGACUGCUGGGGCUGAGAAGCUUCCUCUCCUGCCGUUGUCCAUUGCUCGGUGUGCCAUAUCUUGCAAGGCAUUUGUCUUAAAGCAAAUUAGUUUCAACAGGACUUGGCUCUCAAGUCCUCCACAGUUGGGCAUUCAAAGGCAAAAAAAGAAUGAAGAAAAGAAAAGCAGACACAUACAUGCCCUAUAUGACUCGUCCUUGCUCCAAUAAUGACCUGGGAAGCUUAACAAGAGUUUUCUGUUGAUUUGGAAAUCUUGUGACGAUCAGAACACAACAGAAAAGUGGGUUCCUUAAGCUCUCCUAGAGGAAUUAAUAGAUGGAUGUUUCUAUGACGAGCUGAAAGGAGAGAUCCCAAUACUGCCUCAUAAAGAGAGUCCUCUGAUGGGUAGCUUUUUAGCUUUAAGUUAUUGACUGGUGCACAACUCUAUGGUGAAUAAUCAUGUGCCUUUUUUAUUGUACUUGGUAUAAAAGGGAACUGGAAAAAUCCUGCCUUUUCAGCAUGUCUGGUUCAUUGUACUAAACAAGAAGAUCUGUAAAUAACACUGGAAAUAUAUGAUAAAUUUCAAGGUUGAUUGUUUAGGAGUCUCUAUUUCUAGAAAGAGACUGUUCUGCAAAUGUUUACAGGUGGUUCUCAACCUUCAAGCUGCUAAAAAGAAGCAUUUUAGAGACCUCUUCUAGUUAGACACAGGUAAAUGCUGAAUAGAUAAAAUAGACCCAUGCUCCAUUUUAUUGCCACAUUUCACGUUUGUUGGCUGUAAAGGCAUCACACCAUAGCACUUGCAUAUUUAACUCUUCCGAGGCAGUAAACGUCCUAGUAGGUGGAUGAAUUUCGAGAGGCCUCGGUUGGCCCCCAAGCCCAGAGUACGUAAGUGCAAGGGUCCCAUCCUGCAGCGCUGUGCGUGCAGGUGCACUGUCGUGUUGUUCCAGAAACUGCCUGACAGGUGGAUGCUCAUCACUUCUGAAAAAUAAGUUGACUGAGUUAGGUGCCAUCUGUGGAAUUUAACAACUGGAAUCUUCCAUUUUGUUACCCAUCCUGUGAAAAUGUCAAAUGUGAGCAACUAUGCUUUGUGAGCACUGUCCACACAAAUUUCCAGUAUUUGAAAAACAAACGAAAACCUAGUGAUAAGAGGACAAAUUAGAGCAAGAAUGAACUAGGCAGCAUAUAUAAGUAAUGCUACGCUGAAAUACAAAUAUUUUACUGUAGUUGACCUGUUGGCAGCGUCUUUGUGAACCUGAAUUUAAUAAUGUAUCCAGUGGCUCAUGCAGUAUCUGUGCACAGGUAGCCAGAGCAAUGACGAGGCCUUAUCCAAAAGGCUGUCAAAGUUGAUGACCACUGUCAACAUCAGCAAGCUUUGGAUGUGGGUCCAUGGCAGACAGCUUUUCGUUACAGAAGGUUCAGUCACGCUGAAGGAGAGACAGAGACGUUAUCUGUUAACGUCACUGUUUAAUAUUUUAUAGUAAUUAAAAAAAAAUGUUUUGUUUUGUUUUACUGGGCCAGGAAAAUAGGUAAUUGCAGACACUGCGGUACUAUGAAUCUUGGUGAUCUGUUUCUUGAAGAGCUUUUGCCAUUCCUAUUUCAAGGCAUGCUGAACAAAAUUAAAUGGAAACAAAGUUAAUUUUUCAAGGGCAUGAUAUGUAAUAAAAUAUUUACUUUUAACAUGCAAAAUCCAUCAGUUCUUUUCAACUCUUGGUUGGUAUCCAGAGAGCAUAUCACUAUAUUUUGCCCCAAUUUUAUUUUGAAAUGAAGUGUGUAAGAUGUAAUACAAAGCAAAUUCUCCUGAAGUUUUUCUGUGGCUCACAGCUGAUCUUUAUUUGUGUUACGUGGAUCGGGUUAUGCAUGAAUAUAUAUAUAUAUAAAAGAAUAAUCAUGGGUGAGAUUCUAAAUAUAAAAAAAUGCUUAAAAUUCCAUGUUUAUGGUUAGUUGAACACGACCUCUUGAACAGUGUAAUAAGACCUGCAGGGAGAGGUAGCAUCUUUAAUAAAGCAAGCAAUACAGUAAAAAAUCAUGGACAAGCUCAGUAUUCAAGCCUUCCUGCAGGUCUUAAUCAGGUAGGAAGCUUCAGGCUAAAUAUAGAUUGUGAACAGUUGCCCUGCAUUUAACCUCCUUAUGCUAACCUAUUAGCCAAUUUAAAAGGAUAGUUACCAUCUAUGGAGCAGGUGGUGAACGCUUUGUAGAGGAGUUCUAUUUGUAAGUGACUUUUCAUCUUCUCUCCAGAUACAAUUUAAAAGGGAGAAAUUGUAUGAAAGCUGUGUUCUUCUUUUGUUUACCCUGAUGGAGUUUUAGUCCGUGAAAUAUUUGGCCGAGGGAGACAAGGCGGCAAAAGAAGGGAAAGACGGUUUGACCAGGUGAGCUUUUUGGAGAGUGAAGGCGCAGGUCAUUCACACCAUUUGUAGUCUUUCCAAUUAAUAAUUGCUGACUAUUUUAUAUGAAGAUGGCUGGAAGUUGAAACUAAUUAUCUAUCAGUGACUACUAAAUGCCUAACUAUUAGAGUAUAAAGUUACUGUACUCAAUAGAAGCAAAUAUGCCAUGUGCUUUUUUUCUUUUUCUUUUUCUUUUUUUUUCUUUGUCUUGAAUUGCCAAUCUACACUUGAUCCUUGGUUAGCAAUGGGGCAGCAAGCCUUUCAAAUCCUGGGUAAAUGAAAAAGGAAGGCUGAAUAUUUGGAGGAACACCAGGUUUUAAACUUACCAUCCUACAAGCAGUGUUGCAUUUGUGGUUUAGGAGCUUUGAAGCUGAGAAGCCCAGAUAGAUAAAAUCAUAGAAUCUUAAGGUUGGAAAAGACCUCGAAGAUCAUCAAGUCCAACCGCCAACCCAACACCACCAUGUCUACUAAAUCAUGUCCUGAAGUACCACAUCUACAUGUUUUUUGAACACCUCCAGGGAUGGUGACUCUACCACCUCUCUGGGCAGCCUGUUCCAAUGCCUGACCACUCUUUUGGUUAAGAAAUUUUUCCUAAUAUCUAAUCUAAAUCUCCCCUGGUGCAACUUGAGGCCAUUUCCUCUUGUCCUUUUGCUAGUUACUUGGGAGAAGAGGCCUAUACCCAUCUCACUGCAACCUCCUUUGAGGUAGUUGUAGAGAGCGAUAAGGUCUCCCCUCAGCCUCCUCUUCUCCAGAUCUGCAUUUACAGGCAAAGAUUUCAAGCAAGCGUGACAACCCUUCAUCAUGACACCACCAUAACGAAUGUGAAUUGGUUGUCUUCAGAAUUUGGCUACUGCAUGUUUUCAGUGGCCAGUGCAAAGCACUUCAAUGUGGUCAGUCUUGGCAAGCUUUAGGCAUGGAGGCCACAGGCUGCAAAAGACUUGCAGGAACCAGACUUGCAAUACAAGAAGGAAACGGAUUUCUGUGACAGUUAAAUGGCUCUGAGAUUUACAGUAUAACAUAAAAGAGUUCAAAUAACUCUUAAAGGUGGAGUUGGUAUUUUCUUUGAUUGUCUUUUUUUUUUUUUUUAAGAUUUACUGAAACAAUUUCUUAUAUUUGAAAAAUACAUCCGAUGAAUUCUUCUUACUUUAGUCUUUAUUUGUCUGAACCGCUGUUUUGGUUGUGGUAUCAACAUGGUGACUCUGCAUGUGAGAGAGAGGGUCUUAAAUAUUCUCUCAUAGAAGGAAUAAUAAUUAAAAAAGCCUGGAGUGUUUUCUGUUUUAACCAAAGUCUAUGGGUCUCUUGUCAGUAUUUCACCCUUUAGUAUAAUCUGAAGUCCUGCUUAACGUUGUUUUGAAUUUUCAGUCUUGUUUCCCGCAGUUCAGAUAUUAUGAAAGGUAUUUAAUAUAGUGUAACAUGCCUUGCAGAGAAAACUCAGAUCAGAAUCUUCAACUGCUAUUUUGAUAUAAGAGAUUAUGGAGUUAAAUACUAGGACAGAAGAAUAAAAGGUGAGAAGGAACAUCACUGCUGUCAAAAGCAAACCAGUAAAAAAAUACUUUUGUAAGCAUGUCAAGAACUCUUAAAAUUAGUUUGAGUCCUGUGCGGGGGAAAAAAAGCCCUGUCUCCUUUAAGAGCUAUAAACUAUUUUCAAAGUUGAAUUUAUUCUUGGCUUGAUUAAAGCCAUUUGUUUCUCAGUCAAAAUUGUCCUCUAGCUUUACUGGCUCACUGUUUCCUGAAGCAUGCUAACCUCCAGUAGAAAGCAACCAAGAGAAAGGAGAGCUAACGCAGGUGGUGUUGAAGGACCCAAUGGAUUUCCACUGCAAUUACAAAAAGAUCUAUGUUGUCCUCAUCCCUGAGGCAUGAGAACUCUUCAGUACUGUCCCGCAACCAAAAAGCUGGUUCCACAGAAGUGAUCUAAGACAAAAAUAUGGAAACAAACAACAGUUCUUCAUACGUAUUCUGAAAGUGUUGAACAAUCUAACCCAUUUUGAUGAAUAAUUUGGGGCUUGGCGCAUCUGAAGGUCAGGCCUUCGCAGUUCUUUGGAAACUGUUUACGUUUCUUUUCAUCAGCAUGUUCCUUUUUAAAAUCUGUGGUCUAGUAGAUGAAAACCUCACUUGCCGUGUGACAAGGGGUGUAAUCUAUCUGACACAGGACAGCUGAAAUUUUAAGUACUUAAGCCAGAGCUAAUAAGAUUUAAUGAAAUAGCACCAGUCCUAAUCUGUUCUUUAGAUCAAUUACAGAGCAUGUAAUUCCUUCAGUAUCCAGGAUUCAUUUGAAAUGGUUCAUUAACAGCCAUACUAAAGCACAUUAUGGCCUGUUUAGGGACCCAAUGUGUUGGGUUGUAAGAACAACUUUAAUAGGAGUUGGAGUUCAGAGAGUGUUUGGCAUAUUAUUAUUCAGUUAGGAAACAAAAUACCUUUGAUGUUUUUAUGAAAGGCUUUGGGAGGAAGAACAACUGUCAGAAUUCACUUAAUUGAAAAUGUUUCUAGCAAUGAUGUUCUGUUUUUUGACUGCUGCUAUUUUGACUUUCUGCUGCUUGCUGCUAAUCAAAGUUGAUCGUGCGGUCAUGCUACAGACAAAAGGGUAUUGCAAAUUAGAGGGACUAGCUAACAAGCUGGAUAGAAACCAAGGAAUCGUCAUAUCUUCACAUGUCUCUAGAUCUGGAUGCUCCCAAACUAAAUUUAAUAUUUAUGUUCUCUCUGGUAAGAAGCUCAAACUUAACACAUUUUUGUGUUGUUUCAUCAGGAAUAUACCUAUUCAAGAGACCACUGUAGUGUGUACCUCUAAAUUGUAUUUUUGAAGAUACAAUUUGAUUUUUUUGUGUGUGCGACAUUAGUGGACUUAAUGUGAGAGCUGUCAUUACUGAAUGCAUGGAAAAUACAUUAAUUGGCACCAUGAUCCUCUGCAGUACGUGCACCAUGCAUUUAUAGCUUCCUGUGUGGUAACAAGGAUAUUCUUGAAAAACUAAUGCACCGAGUGAGUUCUGCUAGAGGUGGAAUCUGCUUACUGAGUGAACUAAGGGAGCUCAAGGAGUAAACACUGAAAUUAUAUAGUUAAUAAUUCUCAGUGAAUCUGGCACAGAGCACAUCAAUAUUUACAUCUUCUAAUUAAAUAUGUUUUUUAGCUUCAGGUUCUCUUAAUAAUGUCCCUAUUUUACUCUGAUAGCUGUUGAAAAUACCUUGUCCCUAUAAAGAUCUGGGAUGCUUAUGCCAUGUGAAGACUUUAGCUGUGUCUUUACAAUGCCCCAGCCAUCAAAGGCAUUAGCAAAAGAGAUUUACAGUGGCUUCUUUAGUACAUUGUAAUGGGUUUUAGAGUGGUUUCAGAAAAUACAUCGACUUAUAUUACAAAAGAGUUAAUGAUAUGUAAUUAAAGUAUUGAGUUCAUUGGUUGCAGUAAGUAAAAACAAUGUUUUCUUUGCCCAAAAAUAUCUACUUAUAAAUACCCCAGUGAAGUGAUAUAUGGCAACCUGAUUUUGAAGAACAGAAUUUCUGAAUCAAGGGCAUUCUUCAAAGACGUACAGAAGCACUUAUUACUUUUCAUAGGGUUACAGUUUUCUAUUGGCCAUCAACAAGUAUUGCCCAGUUUUCAAACUCUUUGUAUUAAAUUUAAUUUAAGAAAAUAAUGCAGCAAUUGGAAGGCAAGUUGUGACUGCAAAUUAUUUUUCAUUGUGGCGCAUCAUCAAAUCAAUUUGUAUUUACACUUGAAAAGUUAAUAAAUUACUAUGCAUUUUACUGCUGACAUGAGCUGCAUUUUUUAUUACUGUACAUUUAGACACCUUGUACUUAAAAUUCAAAGUUGUUGCACAAAGAAAAACUAGAAAAGCAAGGUACAUUUGAAAAUUUAAAUUGCACAUAAUCUGUUCUGAAAGGUAGUCAGCCCAUUUUUGAGAUGAGCACCGCACACCGCAGCAGAUCACAAGCUGUUCUGUGCAUGUCAGAUUCCGAUUGCAUUGUGACUGUGGGACCUGAGGGAAGGCUUGUCUUCCUGUCCCCGUACAAAGACAUACUUGCGUAAUGCUUGCAGGUACUGAUCCACACAGCAACACAAACGCUGUUCUUGUGUGGUCCCGCGGGACUAGUAAGUGCUCCACAAGAAGCAUUCAAACAUAGAUUAAAAAAAUUCCCAUAAAAAUUUCUGACCUUGCAAUCACCAUCCCUGGAAUCAUUGAACCAUGGGGGAAAAUAUGCCAUCGAACCACAGACAGGAAGCUGAUGAUGAAAGUGUUCUCCUUCUCGGAGUUUCGCACUGGAGCUAUGUUUUAGCAAUUCAAAUGUGUAAGAGCACAAUUGAUCUGUCAUUGAAGUGUUACUGUUCUGAAGAACACUCCCGCAACCAAAGAAACAGAACAGCUUCCCCUUCCCAAAUUGCCUCGUUAAUACAAAGGACUAUAGGAUAUCCCACACCCUGUGACCUCACCUAUAUCAACAGAGAGGCCAGACUGGCAGAUGAUAUAAAACGUCAUUGCUGUGCUGCAGCCAAGGAAGUUGUGGGAUCUAUUGUAAUUUACACCAUCUAUAGACCAGGUCUGUUGCAACUGAUGAUAUUGCUAUUGACUGGAUUUUUUUUUUUUUGCCCCACUUCCAAAGUCACUUUUAUCUGCCCAAAGGCAAUAGAAAGGGAUAUGAAGUGCUUAUGAACUCCCGACUAUACUGUCAUACUUCUACCAGAAGUCUAUGUGGCCCAGCACCUCAUCAUUGAAAACAGUCAAUAAUUGAUGUUUAGAAGAAUGAAAUAGGAGACAGGGAAAGCACAGAAUGAUCCUUUCAUCAUGUAUCUCCCCCUACUUUCAAAAGGUAAGGACUUCCCAAGCCAGAGGCUAUACACACCAACCCAACCAUUAGAUUUAAUAACUACUGUGGGCCUACGUGUAUCUAAUCCACUUAUACCUCUGGAAGUCACAACAUCCUGUGGUAAUAAAUAGCACAAUUCCUGCGAGUCAGUAUCUCUGCUCUUCAUUCCAUAGGAUGCCCUGUAGUUCUCUUAUGGUGAAAAGCUGUGAAUAACUGCUGCCAACUCUUUUCUAAAACCCUUCUUAGUUUGACCUCUGUUAUCCUCUUUUAAAAUAUAUUUCAGAACUGAUUGAAUGUCACGCUAUUUUGGUAUCGCUAGCAAACAACUUCGUAAAAGCGCGAGCAAAUGCUCUGUGUCAUGUAUUGGAUUGGGUGAUAGCGUGGCGAGAACUGAUCGGGUUCUUGAACUGCUCAGCAGUACAAAACAUAUGUUACUGGUUUUAACAUUGAUUUUUAGAUCUCAGCCAGCCUGUUUAUCCUCUGUUAAUGUGUAUGCACAAAGUUUGCAAUUUGUGGUCAAAUUGCACAGAACAUCUAAAAAAGGAUCUGACACCUUCUUGCAUUCUGCUAACAAGAAUUCCCUGCCCUGCUCCUCCUGCUAGGAGCCUGCAGGGCCCACCCAUGGGUUAUAGUUGCGUGACUGGGCUGGACAUGUCUCUGUGCUCCUGCCUCUCUUGCUCACCUCUGCUUCAGCUGAAUUAACUGGGUGAGACCUGAGUGCACAAGGUAUUUCUUCCCUGACUUCUACAAGGACGGUGACUGCACAAGUCGAAGAGCAGCUGUUAAGCGAUCCCCUGGUUUAUCCGGAGCAGGUAGGGUUGGCUGUAGUCUUCAGGUGGGCAACACUACAGUCGGCCUCAGGAGGAAUAGCCUGACACAGCCUUGGCAAGUUCAGCUCCAUCUCCAGGAUCAGUCUUUUUUAGGGUGAGGUAUUUCUUUGUAAAUCCACGUCGAGGACUCUCUGCAGAAACGCUGCUCUGUUGCUAGCUGAGGUAUUCUGUGGACUUAAUUUCCUAUUAUAAUCAAGCCAGCAUUUCUUGGAAAGAGAAGUGUCACCUUUAAAGGUACCAUAUGCUUGCUAAAAUGAAUGUUCUGUGAAUAAUAUCCAACAAAAUUAGGUUCAUGUAAAUAUUUUGUCAGCAAUUCUGCAUCUGACAUUUGUACUACAGAAGUUAUCCUGUCUCAAAUUUUUCAGUGUGAAGAAUGUAUAUCAUGACU